AUGGCCUCCUCGGGUAGCAUCUACUUUUAUGACCCCUCACUGCCGGCUUCGAUCCUUUUCACGAUCCUAUAUGCAUUUCCGACUGCAUUCCUGUUUUACACAACUAUUAUCGGCCCAAGAACCGGCAAAUAUGGACAUGCUGGUUAUUUCGUGCCACUCUGCAUCGGCGCCGCGAUGGAAGUAGCUGCAUACGCCGACCGCUGCGCCAGCAUUAAGCAACCUGGCAGCAUUCCCCUUUAUGCGGUAUCGUCGUCACUCGUUGUGAUUGCCCCCGUUUUCAUCUGCGCCAGUUUGUACAUGCUGAUGGGACGUUUGAUCCGUGCCGGUAUUCCUGAAGCCAAAGGUCAACAGCAGGUUUUCGGUAUCGCUCCACGCUGGUUGCCACGCAUCUUCGUUGCAUCGGACAUCAUCAGCUUCCUAACUCAGGCCCUUGGCAGUGCGAUUGCAGCAGCCGGUGUUUGGGAAGGCUCGGAGAAGGGAGCCGGAACAAACGCCUUGAUCGGUGGGCUGGCGCUGCAGUUGGCGACAUUUUCCAUGUUCUUCGCCAUUGUGGUCCGAUUCCAUCGACGUGUCCAUGCAUUGCGUCAUCAAGUGGAUGAUAACCUCAAAAAGGUCUUGCUCGGACUAUAUGUGGCCGGUUUUUUCAUUUGGGUUCGUUGCGUUUACAGACUCAUUGAGUUUGCCUUGGGCAUCGACGGAUACCCGUUCUGGCACGAGUGGUGCCUAUAUGUGCUCGAGGCCUGUCCGAUGCUCUUCGCGCUCUGCACAUUGGGGUAUUAUCAUCCAGGGAAAUGGCUUCCGAGAUCAGAGCUGAGUUCCGCAAUGCAGACUCAAGACAAGGAGGCCAACCGCACAAUCCAACACCAACUAAGCUAA